AUGACGACUGGUACUGACGACGCACCCAGCCUUCCGGACGCGACUACCCAUGAUGAGGCUCACAACGGCGCAGCAGCAUAUUUGCAGUCGCGGCUCGCUGUUAGGAACGACAUAACUGACGCUGAUUUCGACGUCCCGGUGAUUGACAUUUCACCAUCCUUCUCUUCGUCCCUUGAAAACCGCCAGGCGGUGGCAGCCCAAAUCCAGAAGGCGUGUACGACCUCUGGAUUCUUCUACAUUACCGGCCACCGCGUACCAGAGAACGCGAGGAAAGCCAUAUUACGACAGGCCGAGCGUUUCAUGCAUGAACUCAAUACCGGACAGAAGGAAGAGUUGCAUGUAAAGAACAGCAAGUUUGGGCUAGGCUGGGAGCCGAGCGAUUAUACCUCCAUUGCAGGCGAUCAAGAGCAGAAAGAGGUAUUCAAUUUCGCGUAUGAAGAAGCGCUCGACCCGACAGGCGGAGAUGGGCUGUAUCGGAAUCUGGAUGGCACCAAGUACAAAGGGAAUCUAUGGCCAAAGGAGCAAGACUUACCUGGGUUCUACGACGCAGUAAAAGAAUACUAUGGCGCUGUACUUGAUCUGGCACGACACCUGUUCCGCCUCUUCGCCCUCUCACUCAAUCUCCCAGAAACCUACUUUGACUCCAUGACUACGCACCCCGGCGGCAUCGCAAGACUACUCUACUACCCGCCGCCCAAGAACCCCCAGCCAGUCGGUCCAUCCUCAGAAGAGCAGAUUGGUCUCGGCGCGCACUCGGACUACGAAUGUUUUACUCUUCUUCUCACCUCCUCUACACCCGGGCUCGAGAUACUCAAACCCUCGGGUCAGUGGCACAUUGCGACAUUCAUACCCGAUUCCUUCAUCGUCAAUGUCGCAGACUUUCUCAUGCGCUGGACGAAUGGGUUGUACUUAAGCACGGUGCAUAGGGUUGUCAAUCGAGGGACUGAAGCGCGGUACAGCGUGCCGUUCUUUUUCUCUGUGAACUAUGAUACGGUGAUUCAGACUUUGCCGACUUGCUUGAAGGAGGGAGAGAAGAGUGUGUGGAAGCCGAUAGAGGCGGGAGAGUACAUUUUGGAGAGGCUCAAUGCUACUACGCAGUAUGGGUUGGGGUUUCAGGAACAAGGUGUGGAGUCCAGUCAACAGACUAGGCAACUCAAUCAAUGA